AUGAAUAUGGGGGGAGUGGAUGGGGCAGAUAUGAUGCUACACUUUUAUAAUGAUAAUCGCAAAUCUACUAAAGUCUGGAAAAAACUUGCCAUUAAUAUCAUUCAUCGAAUGUGCAGUAACGCCUACAUCCUGUACAGAAAGAACACAUCAGAUGCACCAGUGAAAUCCCGUCUGAGAUUUAUACAAGAGGUGAUUGAGGCCCUAAGUAGUGAGUACCUGGUCGGCAGGAACCAGCCCGUCAGAGGCGUGAGGCAAACGAGACGGGACGUUACAAUCCAACACAUCCAAGGCAGAAAAGAAAAGGACUGUGUCGCAUGCUCUGACAGAGCCACAGGGCAAAGGCGGAGAUCAAGAACGCAAUGCACGAGAUGUUUAAGAGGCCUCGACUUUGCCUGUUUAAAAAAUCAUUUGUGUAUGGAGGAAUAG